GACAAUGAAUACUCAUCGUAGUGGAAAACUAAUCGACUUAAUGACAUUUCUGCUUUUGUUGUUGUUUAUCAAUGUUUUAUUUAUUAUGUGUCCAAAAGUAGAUAAAAAAAUUACUGCGCAGUAUUACUUCUCUUACAGUUGCUACCAUAUAAAUAGCGUCAAGGGUUUUGGGACGUCACUUCCCUUUGAGUUCUCGAAGUGAAUGUUGCGACGUUUGUUGCCAAAUUCUUGCUUUUCUACCCGAAAUGAACUUUUGGAAGAUGGUUGCAGCCAUCAACGUUGUCCUGAUUCCAAUCACCGUGGCUAUUGUUGUGUCAGGGAAACCACACUUUACCGUCAAAACUCCUUCAGUAUUCACCAAGAUACAAAAUCUGUCAGCUUGCCUACCUUUAGGAAACCCAUGCAUGACGUCGAAGCUUCCCUGCUGCAAGCUGACUUAUCAAAACCGCUAUCUAAGAUUGGAAGAAGUACCAACCACAUGCUUCAAGUUCGGGAAAGGUGUUUGCCAAGUGAACCAAAGCAUCAAGAACUUCGAUAAGUACAGCAAAUUGAUCAAGCAAGUGAACGGCACCAACUUCCAGGAACUAAAAAACAAGUAUUUGCUUUCGAUUCCAAUCAUGUACACUUGUCCUCAAAAAAUAACCUUAGAAAUGAAAAGCGAGUGAAGGAAAUGUGUUUUCUGCCCACUAUUUAUGAAAACGUUACAUGGUCGUACUCUGAAUGUUUUUAAAAAGAAAAUGAUAGGGGUACUUUGUAUUUUUAAAUAAAUUAAAUGAAAAAUUCUU